AUGCAGUCAAUGCGGGAGCACAGUGUAUACUUAAAUGGCAUACACGGUGUGUCCCUAGUUUAUGCCACAUCGUCCCUAGUUUCGAGCAUCGCCCCUGGAACGGAGAGCCUUGACUUGGUGCACCGGUUGUGGCAAGCAGCAUCGGGUGCUGAAUUACCGUCAGAAAACCAACGAAAGACGCAGAAAGUGUGGGACGCCGCUGUGGUCAAAAAAGCUUGCGAAGAUAUCACAAACUUGUAUGUAAAUGAUGUUACACAUUGUGCGCGUUUGCUUGCAGUUGCGCGGCCGGAAUCAGGCAAAUGGCUUAACGCCCUCCCUGUACCUUCACUCGGAAUGUUGAUGUCAGACGAGAGUUUCCGUGUAGCAGUUCGACUACGUGUCGGCGCGCCAAUUUGCAGUCCCCACUUUUGCGCUGACUGCCGUCUGCCUGUCGACCAAUACGGCCACCAUGGACUUUCGUGUAAGAAGAGCGCUGGACGUUUUCUUCGUCACUCCUCCUUGAACGAAAUAAUUCGGAGAAGCCUAGUUACCGCCAAUAUACCGGCCGUACUGGAACCGAGAGGGACCAACGACGAGGAUGAUCGCCGGCCGGAUGGUGUGUCGCAGUUGCCUUGGAGAAACGGACUACGACUCGCCUGGGACGUGACAUGUGUUGACACCGUGGCCUUGUCUAACGUCAUCAGCAGCAGCAUCAAAGCCGGAGAAGCUGCCAGGAAAGCGGAAGAAGAAAAGUUCCGAAAGUACGAAUAUCUGGCGCCGGAAUACGACUUCGUCCUUUAG